AAAAGCUUUUUCGGCUAACUCCCGUUCCCCGCGUCCCCGCCCCCUAGCCCCCGCAUCACCCCCCUCUCAAAGUGCCCACCGUCCGCGUCGGCCCCUGGCGAAGCUGCAGCCUCAAGAGAUUCGCCAGCCUGCCGACCGUCUAUCUGCACGCCGACCCAGGUCUUGGGGGGCACCCCCGGCUCCCAGCUGAUCGCAGUUUUCCUUUGUGAGGCCUGGGGAUCUGCCCAGGCCACCGGGGGCAGGUCAACAUGGCAGAGACCUUGGAGUUCAACGAUGUGUAUCAGGAGGUGAAAGGUUCCAUGAAUGACGGGCGGCUGAGGUUGAGCCGCCAGGGCAUCAUCUUCAAGAACAGCAAGACGGGCAAAGUGGACAACAUCCAGGCUGGCGAAUUGACGGAAGGCAUCUGGCGCCGGGUGGCUCUCGGCCACGGUCUGAAGCUGCUCACCAAGAACGGCCACGUCUAUAAGUAUGACGGCUUCCGAGAAUCGGAGUUCGAGAAGCUCUCUGAUUUCUUUAAAACUCAUUAUCGCCUGGAGUUGAUGGAGAAGGACCUGUGUGUGAAGGGCUGGAACUGGGGCACCGUGAAGUUUGGUGGGCAGCUCCUUUCCUUUGACAUCGGCGACCAGCCGGUCUUUGAGAUCCCGCUCAGCAACGUGUCCCAGUGCACCACAGGCAAGAAUGAGGUGACGCUCGAGUUCCACCAGAAUGACGACGCCGAGGUGUCUCUCAUGGAGGUCCGCUUCUACGUCCCUCCCACGCAGGAGGAUGGCGUGGACCCUGUGGAGGCUUUUGCCCAGAACGUGCUGUCGAAGGCAGACGUGAUCCAGGCCACCGGGGACGCCAUCUGCAUCUUCCGGGAGCUGCAGUGUCUGACGCCCCGUGGUCGUUACGACAUCCGGAUCUAUCCCACCUUCCUGCACCUGCACGGCAAGACCUUCGACUACAAGAUCCCCUACACCACGGUGCUGCGUCUCUUCUUGCUGCCCCACAAGGAUCAGCGCCAGAUGUUCUUUGUGAUCAGCCUGGACCCUCCCAUCAAGCAGGGCCAAACCCGUUACCACUUCCUGAUCCUGCUCUUCUCCAAGGACGAGGACAUCUCCCUGACUCUGAACAUGAACGAGGAGGAGGUGGAGAAGCGCUUCGAGGGACGGCUCACCAAGAACAUGUCCGGAUCGCUGUACGAGAUGGUCAGCCGGGUCAUGAAGGCACUGGUGAACCGCAAGAUCACGGUGCCAGGCAAUUUCCAGGGGCACUCCGGGGCCCAGUGUAUCACGUGCUCCUACAAGGCGAGCUCUGGACUGCUGUACCCCCUGGAGCGGGGCUUCAUCUACGUGCACAAGCCCCCCGUGCACAUCCGCUUUGAUGAGAUUUCCUUUGUCAACUUUGCUCGUGGCACCACCACCACUCGUUCCUUCGACUUUGAGAUUGAGACCAAGCAGGGCACUCAGUACACGUUCAGCAGCAUUGAGAGGGAGGAGUACGGGAAGCUGUUUGAUUUUGUCAAUGCAAAGAAACUCAACAUCAAAAACCGAGGCUUGAAAGAGGGCAUGAACCCAAGCUAUGACGAGUACGCGGACUCAGAUGAAGAUCAGCACGAUGCCUACCUGGAGAGGAUGAAGGAGGAGGGCAAGAUCCGGGAGGAGAACGCCAAUGACAGCAGCGAUGACUCCGGAGAAGAAACCGAUGAAUCUUUCAACCCGGGUGAAGAAGAGGAAGAUGUGGCAGAGGAGUUUGACAGCAAUGCCUCUGCCAGCUCCUCCAGCAAUGAGGGAGACAGUGACCGGGAUGAAAAGAAGCGGAAACAGCUCAAGAGGGCCAAGAUGGCCAAGGAUCGCAAGAGCCGCAAGAAGCCUGUGGAGGUGAAGAAGGGCAAAGACCCCAACGCCCCCAAGAGGCCCAUGUCUGCAUACAUGCUGUGGCUCAAUGCCAGCCGGGAAAAGAUCAAGUCGGACCAUCCCGGCAUCAGCAUCACAGAUUUAUCCAAGAAGGCGGGCGAGAUCUGGAAAGGAAUGUCCAAAGAGAAGAAAGAGGAGUGGGACCGCAAGGCCGAGGAUGCCAGGAGGGAAUACGAAAAAGCCAUGAAAGAGUAUGAAGGGGGCCGCGGCGAGUCCUCCAGGAGAGACAAGUCAAAGAAGAAGAAGAAAGUCAAGGCCAAGAUGGAAAAGAAAUCUACCCCCUCUAGGAGCUCAUCAUCCAAGUCGUCUUCGCGGCAGCUGAGCGAGAGCUUCAAAAGCAAAGAGUUUGUGUCCAGUGACGAGAGCUCCUCGGGCGAGAACAAGAGCAAAAAGAAGAGGAGGAGGAGUGAGGACUCCGAGGAAGAGGAGGCAGCCACUACCCCGCCCAGCUCUGAGGACUCGGGGUCGGGAUCCGAUGAGUGAGGAGAUGUCUGCUCCUGCGCUUGCCCUGCCACAGCCCCAGCGCCCCACCGGGUCUCGGUCCUAGCUCUGCUCCCGGGACUCUGCCCUGGGGAGGAGUGCUGCCUCACAGGACGGCUCCCUACAGCUGGGGGACAGACGGGGUGGGAGGCUGGCACACUGGACCCACAUCCCUGUCCUGCUUUCCCUGACCUUAGGGAUGUUGCUCUUUCUUGUCCUUAUUAAAUCGCCAUAGCGGGAGUCAUGGGAAGUCAGGCCCGAAGCUCCUACCUGGGGUCUGUUUCUACCUUUAUUUUGUAUUUCUGGUCCGAGAAAAAUCAACAUUUAAUAAAGGGAACUGACUUUG